AUUUGGCCAAAGCGUCAGCCGACGAUUUACUUAGUUGCAAGCCAGCGUAAUCAAUGCUUGUGGGUCAUAAUUUCUGUCUUCAGUUUUCGAGUUUGAUUUCCGUGUAAAAACGGAAUGGUGGAUUUUAUAAAAGUUUUAUUCCUCUUUCUGGUGGGACUUGGGGCCGUAAAAUGUCAGACUGCAUUUUCCUUGGAUUUAGAUCCAAGUAAUCGUCUGUUGGUUUUGUCCGGGGGAAGUGUGGUUGGAACGGCUUGUUCUAUGGGAUUUGAUGGCGACGAUGCCUCAGUAAUAUGCAGACAACUGGGAUAUGGUCUGUUUGGGGGAUAUUUUAUGAUUCCUAACUCAGGACUCCCACAUGCGCUGUUCAACAUCAGAUGCAAUGGAACGGAGAGUUCAAUCGAAGAAUGUGGCUACGACACAUACGAUCAAUUCAAUGUUUGUUUUGGUCACGAAGACAUUGCAAUUGAUUGCAUGAAUUCAUCAGCAGGAUCAAAUGGUACUUCUGUGUCGAUCGAUGUUGAUGGGCGUGUCGUGGCUCACACUAUGAAUGGACCAGGAACGGUCUGUGGCUACAUGUGGGAUGACGUAGACGCAGAUGUCGUGUGUCGUCAAAUGGGAUUUGCCACUGGAACUGCAACCCUGCUUCCACAGGAUCCUGUGUUCACCCGUAUGUUCUAUGACGUGUCCUGCAUGGGUCAUGAGACCGAGAUCCAGUCCUGUCAUUCUUACGAUUAUGACGUUUCAUUGAUAUGUUCGAUGUUUGAAGAUGCAGGAGUUUCGUGUUCCGGAAUGCCAAGUGGUGGACACUCAGAUGUGACAAUCGGAUCUGGAGGUAGGGUACUUGCCCAUGAUGUGAAUGGAACGGGAACAGUCUGUGGUGAUCAAUGGGACGACAUUGAUGCGGACGUUCUUUGUCGUCAGAUGGGAUUUGCCUCUGGUACAGCGACCAUUUUACCACGUGAUUACAUGUUCAACCGACACAUUUUCAAUGUGCGUUGCUUAGGAAACGAAACUCAGGUUCAAGAAUGCCCUGUCGAUAAGACUGAUAUGUUUGGAAGCUGUUCUUCAAUUGGUGAUGCUGGCGUUAGUUGUGUGCAAAAUGGCACAGCAGGUACGGUUGUCGGAUUUGGAACUGACGGUCGAGUGUUGGCGCACACUUCAAACGUAACAGGAACGGUUUGUGGAUACAUGUGGGAUGACGUAGACGCAGAAGUCCUAUGUCGUCAAAUGGGAUUUCCCUCUGGAACUGCAACUCUAUUGCCUCGUGAUCCUGUGUUCAACCGUGUCUACUUUGAAGUCAGCUGCAUUGGAAAUGAAACUGAUAUCCAAUCUUGCCACGCAUUCGAUUAUGACGUGUCGGCAAUGUGUUCAAUGUAUGAAGAUGCCGGAGUAUCAUGUUCUGGAAUGACAAGUGGAGGUAGUCCAUCGAUUGCACAUGACGGACGAGUGUUGGCUAACAACAUGAACGGAACUGGAACCGUUUGUGGGUACAUGUGGGACGACACAGAUGCUGACGUUCUCUGUCGUCAAAUGGGAUUCCCAUCUGGAAUAGCAAUUCUGAUGCCCCGGGAUCCUGUAUUCAACCGAUUUGUCUUUAACGUCAACUGCCUAGGAAAUGAAACUGACAUCCAGUCUUGUUCUGCUUUCGAUUAUGAUGUUUCAGGAAUGUGUUCAAUGUAUGAAGAUGCCGGAGUUGUAUGUUCUGGAAUGACAAGUGAUAUAGGAACUACAGUCUCGAUCGAUGUUGAUGGGCGUGUCGUGGCUCACACUAUGAAUGGACCAGGAACGGUCUGUGGCUACAUGUGGGAUGACGUAGACGCAGAUGUCGUGUGUCGUCAAAUGGGAUUUGCCACUGGAACUGCAACUCUGCUUCCACAGGAUCCUGUGUUCACCCGUAUGUUCUAUGACGUGUCCUGCAUGGGUCAUGAGACCGAGAUCCAGUCCUGUCAUUCUUACGAUUAUGACGUUUCAUUGAUAUGUUCGAUGUUUGAAGAUGCAGGAGUUUCGUGUUCCGGAAUGCCAAGUGGUGGACACUCAGAUGUGACAAUCGGAUCUGGAGGUAGGGUACUUGCCCAUGAUGUGAAUGGAACGGGAACAGUCUGUGGUGAUCAAUGGGACGACAUUGAUGCGGACGUUCUUUGUCGUCAGAUGGGAUUUGCCUCUGGUACAGCGACCAUUUUACCACGUGAUUACAUGUUCAACCGACACAUUUUCAAUGUGCGUUGCUUAGGGAACGAAACUCAGGUUCAAGAAUGCCCUGUCGAUAAGACUGAUAUGUUUGGAAGCUGUUCUUCAAUUGGUGAUGCUGGCGUUAGUUGUGUGCAAAAUGGCACAGCAGGUACGGUUGUCGGAUUUGGAACUGACGGUCGAGUGUUGGCGCACACUUCAAACGUAACAGGAACGGUUUGUGGAUACAUGUGGGAUGACGUAGACGCAGAAGUCCUAUGUCGUCAAAUGGGAUUUCCCUCUGGAACUGCAACUCUAUUGCCUCGUGAACCUGUGUUCAACCGUGUCUACUUUGAAGUCAGCUGCAUUGGAAAUGAAACUGAUAUCCAAUCUUGCCACGCAUUCGAUUAUGACGUGUCGGCAAUGUGUUCAAUGUAUGAAGAUGCCGGAGUAUCAUGUUCUGGAAUGACAAGUGGAGGUAGUCCAUCGAUUGCACAUGACGGACGAGUGUUGGCUAACAACAUGAACGGAACUGGAACCGUUUGUGGGUACAUGUGGGACGACACUGAUGCUGACGUUCUCUGUCGUCAAAUGGGAUUCCCAUCUGGAAUAGCAAUUCUGAUGCCCCGGGAUCCUGUAUUCAACCGAUUUGUCUUUAACGUCAACUGCCUAGGAAAUGAAACUGACAUCCAGUCUUGUCCUGCUUUCGAUUAUGAUGUUUCAGGAAUGUGUUCAAUGUAUGAAGAUGCCGGAGUUGUAUGUUCUGGAAUGACAAGUGGUGGCAACUCUAAUGUGACGAUCGGACCAGGAGGUAGGGUACUUAACCAUGAUGUGAAUGGGACUGGAACAGUCUGUGGUGAUCAAUGGGACGACAUUGAUGCGAACAUUCUUUGUCGUCAGAUGGGAUUUGCCUCUGGUACAGCGACCUAUUUACCACGUGAUUACAUGUUCAACCGACACAUUUUCAAUGUACGUUGCUUGGGGAAUGAAACUCAGGUUCAAGAAUGCCCUGUCGAUAUGACUGGAAGCUGUUCUUCAAUUGGCGAUGCUGGCGUUAGUUGUGUGCAUAAUGGAACAACAGGAACUACAGUCUCGAUCGAUGUUGAUGGGCGUGUCGUGGCUCACACUAUGAAUGGACCAGGAACGGUCUGUGGCUACAUGUGGGAUGACGUAGACGCAGAUGUCGUGUGUCGUCAAAUGGGAUUUGCCACUGGAACUGCAACUCUGCUUCCACAGGAUCCUGUGUUCACCCGUAUGUUCUAUGACGUGUCCUGCAUGGGUCAUGAGACCGAGAUCCAGUCCUGUCAUUCUUACGAUUAUGACGUUUCAUUGAUAUGUUCGAUGUUUGAAGAUGCAGGAGUUUCGUGUUCCGGAAUGCCAAGUGGUGGACACUCAGAUGUGACAAUCGGAUCUGGAGGUAGGGUACUUGCCCAUGAUGUGAAUGGAACGGGAACAGUCUGUGGUGAUCAAUGGGACGACAUUGAUGCGGACGUUCUUUGUCGUCAGAUGGGAUUUGCCUCUGGUACAGCGACCAUUUUACCACGUGAUUACAUGUUCAACCGACACAUUUUCAAUGUGCGUUGCUUAGGGAACGAAACUCAGGUUCAAGAAUGCCCUGUCGAUAAGACUGAUAUGUUUGGAAGCUGUUCUUCAAUUGGUGAUGCUGGCGUUAGUUGUGUGCAAAAUGGCACAGCAGGUACGGUUGUCGGAUUUGGAACUGACGGUCGAGUGUUGGCGCACACUUCAAACGUAACAGGAACGGUUUGUGGAUACAUGUGGGAUGACGUAGACGCAGAAGUCCUAUGUCGUCAAAUGGGAUUUCCCUCUGGAACUGCAACUCUAUUGCCUCGUGAACCUGUGUUCAACCGUGUCUACUUUGAAGUCAGCUGCAUUGGAAAUGAAACUGAUAUCCAAUCUUGCCACGCAUUCGAUUAUGACGUGUCGGCAAUGUGUUCAAUGUAUGAAGAUGCCGGAGUAUCAUGUUCUGGAAUGACAAGUGGAGGUAGUCCAUCAAUUGCACAUGACGGACGAGUGUUGGCUAACAACAUGAACGGAACUGGAACCGUUUGUGGGUACAUGUGGGACGACACAGAUGCUGACGUUCUCUGUCGUCAAAUGGGAUUCCCAUCUGGAAUAGCAAUUCUGAUGCCCCGGGAUCCUGUAUUCAACCGAUUUGUCUUUAACGUCAACUGCCUAGGAAAUGAAACUGACAUCCAGUCUUGUCCUGCUUUCGAUUAUGAUGUUUCAGGAAUGUGUUCAAUGUAUGAAGACGCCGGAGUUGUAUGUUCUGGAAUGACAAGUGGUGGCCACUCUAAUGUGACGAUCGGACCAGGAGGUAGGGUACUUAACCAUGAUGUGAAUGGGACUGGAACAGUCUGUGGUGAUCAAUGGGACGACAUUGAUGCGAACAUUCUUUGUCGUCAGAUGGGAUUUGCCUCUGGUACAGCGACCUAUUUACCACGUGAUUACAUGUUCAACCGACACAUUUUCAAUGUACGUUGCUUGGGGAAUGAAACUCAGGUUCAAGAAUGCCCUGUCGAUAUGACUGGAAGCUGUUCUUCAAUUGGCGAUGCUGGCGUUAGUUGUGUGCAAAAUGGAACAACAGGAACUACAGUCUCGAUCGAUGUUGAUGGGCGUGUCGUGGCUCACACUAUGAAUGGACCAGGAACGGUCUGUGGCUACAUGUGGGAUGACGUAGACGCAGAUGUCGUGUGUCGUCAAAUGGGAUUUGCCACUGGAACUGCAACUCUGCUUCCACAGGAUCCUGUGUUCACCCGUAUGUUCUAUGACGUGUCCUGCAUGGGUCAUGAGACCGAGAUCCAGUCCUGUCAUUCUUACGAUUAUGACGUUUCAUUGAUAUGUUCGAUGUUUGAAGAUGCAGGAGUUUCGUGUUCCGGAAUGCCAAGUGGUGGACACUCAGAUGUGACAAUCGGAUCUGGAGGUAGGGUACUUGCCCAUGAUGUGAAUGGAACGGGAACAGUCUGUGGUGAUCAAUGGGACGACAUUGAUGCGGACGUUCUUUGUCGUCAGAUGGGAUUUGCCUCUGGUACAGCGACCAUUUUACCACGUGAUUACAUGUUCAACCGACACAUUUUCAAUGUGCGUUGCUUAGGGAACGAAACUCAGGUUCAAGAAUGCCCUGUCGAUAAGACUGAUAUGUUUGGAAGCUGUUCUUCAAUUGGUGAUGCUGGCGUUAGUUGUGUGCAAAAUGGCACAGCAGGUACGGUUGUCGGAUUUGGAACUGACGGUCGAGUGUUGGCACACACUUCAAACGUAACAGGAACGGUUUGUGGAUACAUGUGGGAUGACGUAGACGCAGAAGUCCUAUGUCGUCAAAUGGGAUUUCCCUCUGGAACUGCAACUCUAUUGCCUCGUGAUCCUGUGUUCAACCGUGUCUACUUUGAAGUCAGCUGCAUUGGAAAUGAAACUGAUAUCCAAUCUUGCCACGCAUUCGAUUAUGACGUGUCGGCAAUGUGUUCAAUGUAUGAGGAUGCCGGAGUAUCAUGUUCUGGAAUGACAAGUGGAGGUAGUCCAUCGAUUGCACAUGACGGACGAGUGUUGGCUAACAACAUGAACGGAACUGGAACCGUUUGUGGGUACAUGUGGGACGACACAGAUGCUGACGUUCUCUGUCGUCAAAUGGGAUUCCCAUCUGGAAUAGCAAUUCUGAUGCCCCGGGAUCCUGUAUUCAACCGAUUUGUCUUUAACGUCAACUGCCUAGGAAAUGAAACUGACAUCCAGUCUUGUCCUGCUUUCGAUUAUGAUGUUUCAGGAAUGUGUUCAAUGUAUGAAGAUGCCGGAGUUGUAUGUUCUGGAAUGACAAGUGGUGGCCACUCUAAUGUGACGAUCGGACCAGGAGGUAGGGUACUUAACCAUGAUGUGAAUGGGACUGGAACAGUCUGUGGUGAUCAAUGGGACGACAUUGAUGCGAACAUUCUUUGUCGUCAGAUGGGAUUUGCCUCUGGUACAGCGACCUAUUUACCACGUGAUUACAUGUUCAACCGACACAUUUUCAAUGUACGUUGCUUGGGGAAUGAAACUCAGGUUCAAGAAUGCCCUGUCGAUAUGACUGGAAGCUGUUCUUCAAUUGGCGAUGCUGGCGUUAGUUGUGUGCAAAAUGGAACAACAGGAACUACAGUCUCGAUCGAUGUUGAUGGGCGUGUCGUGGCUCACACUAUGAAUGGACCAGGAACGGUCUGUGGCUACAUGUGGGAUGACGUAGACGCAGAUGUCGUGUGUCGUCAAAUGGGAUUUGCCACUGGAACUGCAACUCUGCUUCCACAGGAUCCUGUGUUCACCCGUAUGUUCUAUGACGUGUCCUGCAUGGGUCAUGAGACCGAGAUCCAGUCCUGUCAUUCUUACGAUUAUGACGUUUCAUUGAUAUGUUCGAUGUUUGAAGAUGCAGGAGUUUCGUGUUCCGGAAUGCCAAGUGGUGGACACUCAGAUGUGACAAUCGGAACUGGAGGUAGGGUACUUGCCCAUGAUGUGAAUGGAACGGGAACAGUCUGUGGUGAUCAAUGGGACGACAUUGAUGCGGACGUUCUUUGUCGUCAGAUGGGAUUUGCCUCUGGUACAGCGACCAUUUUACCACGUGAUUACAUGUUCAACCGACACAUUUUCAAUGUGCGUUGCUUAGGGAACGAAACUCAGGUUCAAGAAUGCCCUGUCGAUAAGACUGAUAUGUUUGGAAGCUGUUCUUCAAUUGGUGAUGCUGGCGUUAGUUGUGUGCAAAAUGGCACAGCAGGUACGGUUGUCGGAUUUGGAACUGACGGUCGAGUGUUGGUGCACACUUCAAACGUAACAGGAACGGUUUGUGGAUACAUGUGGGAGGACGUAGACGCAGAAGUCCUAUGUCGUCAAAUGGGAUUUCCCUCUGGAACUGCAACUCUAUUGCCUCGUGAUCCUGUGUUCAACCGUGUCUACUUUGAAGUCAGCUGCAUUGGAAAUGAAACUGAUAUCCAAUCUUGCCACGCAUUCGAUUAUGACGUGUCGGCAAUGUGUUCAAUGUAUGAAGAUGCCGGAGUAUCAUGUUCUGGAAUGACAAGUGGAGGUAGUCCAUCAAUUGCACAUGACGGACGAGUGUUGGCUAACAACAUGAACGGAACUGGAACCGUUUGUGGGUACAUGUGGGACGACACAGAUGCUGACGUUCUCUGUCGUCAAAUGGGAUUCCCAUCUGGAAUAGCAAUUCUGAUGCCCCGGGAUCCUGUAUUCAACCGAUUUGUCUUUAACGUCAACUGCCUAGGAAAUGAAACUGACAUCCAGUCUUGUCCUGCUUUCGAUUAUGAUGUUUCAGGAAUGUGUUCAAUGUAUGAAGACGCCGGAGUUGUAUGUUCUGGAAUGACAAGUGGUGGCCACUCUAAUGUGACGAUCGGACCAGGAGGUAGGGUACUUAACCAUGAUGUGAAUGGGACUGGAACAGUCUGUGGUGAUCAAUGGGACGACAUUGAUGCGAACAUUCUUUGUCGUCAGAUGGGAUUUGCCUCUGGUACAGCGACCUAUUUACCACGUGAUUACAUGUUCAACCGACACAUUUUCAAUGUACGUUGCUUGGGGAAUGAAACUCAGGUUCAAGAAUGCCCUGUCGAUAUGACUGGAAGCUGUUCUUCAAUUGGCGAUGCUGGCGUUAGUUGUGUGCAAAAUGGAACAUCAGGAACUACAGUCUCGAUCGAUGUUGAUGGGCGUGUCGUGGCUCACACUAUGAAUGGACCAGGAACGGUCUGUGGCUUCAUGUGGGAUGACGUAGACGCAGAUGUCGUGUGUCGUCAAAUGGGAUUUGCCACUGGAACUGCAACUCUGCUUCCACAGGAUCCUGUGUUCACCCGUAUGUUCUAUGACGUGUCCUGCAUGGGUCAUGAGACCGAGAUCCAGUCCUGUCAUUCUUACGAUUAUGACGUUUCAUUGAUAUGUUCGAUGUUUGAAGAUGCAGGAGUUUCGUGUUCCGGAAUGCCAAGUGGUGGACACUCAGAUGUGACAAUCGGAUCUGGAGGUAGGGUACUUGCCCAUGAUGUGAAUGGAACAGGAACAGUCUGUGGUGAUCAAUGGGACGACAUUGAUGCGGACGUUCUUUGUCGUCAGAUGGGAUUUGCCUCUGGUACAGCGACCAUUUUACCACGUGAUUACAUGUUCAACCGACACAUUUUCAAUGUGCGUUGCUUAGGGAACGAAACUCAGGUUCAAGAAUGCCCUGUCGAUAAGACUGAUAUGUUUGGAAGCUGUUCUUCAAUUGGUGAUGCUGGCGUUAGUUGUGUGCAAAAUGGCACAGCAGGUAUAGUUGUCGGAUUUGGAUCAGACGGCCGAGUGUUGGCGCACACUUCAAACGUAACAGGAACGGUUUGUGGAUACAUGUGGGAUGACGUAGACGCAGAAGUCCUUUGUCGUCAAAUGGGAUUUCCCUCUGGAACUGCAACUCUAUUGCCUCGCGAUCCUGUGUUCAACCGUGUCUACUUUGAAGUCAGCUGCAUUGGUAAUGAAACUGAUAUCCAAUCUUGCCACGCAUUCGAUUAUGACGUGUCGGCAAUGUGUUCAAUGUAUGAAGAUGCCGGAGUAUCAUGUUCUGGAAUGACAAGUGGAGGUAGUCCAUCGAUUGCACAUGACGGACGAGUGUUGGCUAACAACAUGAACGGAACUGGAACCGUUUGUGGGUACAUGUGGGACGACACAGAUGCUGACGUUCUCUGUCGUCAAAUGGGAUUCCCAUCUGGAAUAGCAAUUCUGAUGCCCCGGGAUCCUGUAUUCAACCGAUUUGUCUUUAACGUCAACUGCCUAGGAAAUGAAACUGACAUCCAGUCUUGUCCUGCUUUCGAUUAUGAUGUUUCCGGAAUGUGUUCAAUGUAUGAAGAUGCCGGAGUUAUAUGUUCUGGAAUGACAAGUGGUGUUCACUCCAAUGUGACGAUCGGACCAGGAGGUAGGGUACUUAACCAUGAUGUGAAUGGGACUGGAACAGUCUGUGGUGAUCAAUGGGACGACAUUGAUGCGGACGUUCUUUGUCGUCAGAUGGGAUUUGCCUCUGGUACAGCGACCAUUUUACCACGUGAUUAUAUGUUCAACCGACACAUUUUCAAUGUACGUUGCUUGGGGAAUGAAACUCAGGUUCAAGAAUGCCCUGUCAAAAUGAUUGGAAGCUGUUCUUCAAUUGGCGAUGCUGGCGUUAGUUGUAUGCAAAAUGGAACAGCAGGUGUCGUUAAUACGGUGUACAUUGGGCAAGAUGGGAGGGUAAUGGCAUCACAUAAUGUAACGGGCUACACAGGAACCGUUUGUGGUUAUAUGUGGGAUGAUCUAGACGCCAUGGUUUUGUGUCAGCAAUUUGGAUAUCCAUCUGGGAUUGCGAAACAAAUGCCAACUGAUCAUAACUAUAAUCGAGUUAUUUUUAAUGUUCAAUGUAUGGGUAUGGAACCUGAUGUGUAUGCUUGCCCUGUAGAUCAUUCAGAUACAACGGGAAACUGUCCAAUGGCAAAUGAUGCAGGAGUAGAAUGUGAAAAUAUGACAUCGCAAUAUCCAUCUACUCAAACUACAAUAACGCAAACCUUCGCAGGACAAACAUCAACUCAACAAGCUUCAACGCAAUUUCCCUACACCCAGACUAGUACUCAACAACCAACAACAAACUUCUCCCAAACAACCGGCCAAGUAUUUCCUGGACAGAGCACGACAGAACAACACACGACUCAAUUCCCCUCAACAAGUCAAACUUCUCAUCAACAAACAACGCCAUUCUCCUACACUACUAGCCAGGCAUUUGCUGGACAAACCUCUACACAAGGCAUUACAACGCAAGUUCCACAAACUUCAAGCCACGUUUCUACUGGGCAAAAUGCAACAAACCAAGUUACAACCCAUGUUCCUAUGAGUACAAGUCAGGCAUCAGCUGGAUACACAACACAACAAGCUACAACUCAUGUUCCUAUGAGUACAAGCCAGGUAACACUUGGACACACAACACAACAAGCUACAACUCAUGUUCCUAUGAGUACAAGCCAGGUAACAGCUGGACACACAACACAACAAGCUACAACGCAUGUUCCUGUGAGUACAAGCCAGGCAUCAGCUGGACACACAACACAACAAGCUACAACUCAUGUUCCUAUGAGUACAAGCCAGGCAUCAGCUGGACACACAACACAACAAGCUACAACUCAUGUUUCUAUGGGUACAAGCCAGGUAUCAGCUGGACACACAACACAACAAGCUACAACUCAUGUUCCAAUAACUUCAAGCCAGGCAUCUGCUGGACAGACCACAACACAGCAAGCUACAACUCAUGCUCCCAUAACUUCAAGCCAAGCAUCUGCUGGACAGACCACAACACAACAGGCUACAACUCAUGUUUCUAUGAGUACAAGCCAGGCAUCUGCUGGACAGACCACAACACAACAAGCUACUACACAUGUUCCAAUAACUUCAAGCCAGGCAUCUGCUGGACAGAUCACAACACAACAAGCUACAACUCAUGUUCCAAUAACUUCAAGCCAGGCAUCUGCUGGACAGACCACAACACAACAAGCUACAACUCAUGUUCCAAUAACUUCAAGCCAGGCAUCUGCUGGUCAGACCACAACACAACAAGCUACAACUCAUGUUCCCAUAACCUCAAGCCAGGCAUCUGCUGGACAGACCACAACACAACAUGCUACAACUCAAGCUACCCAAACAACAAGCCAGGCAUCAGCUGGACAGACAACAACACAAGCUACAACUCAAGCUACCCAAACAAGCCAGGCAUCUGCUGGACAGACCACAACAUCGUCUGCAGGACAAACAACUCAAUCCCAGAAUACCUCCAUUAACUGUCAACCUGGAUCAGGGUCGUGUCUUUUGCAAAUGGAUUCUUUGGGUGCAGGAGCGGAAACGAGGAUGGCAUCAAGCGUAUUUAUUGUGAUUAGCUCUGUUGUCAGCGUCCUUUGCCUUGUUUUUAUGUAUUAGACUUAUUUAAGUGAACUCUAAGAAUGACUUGCCAAUGCUAUAGGACACCGGCAACGACGACAUCUUUUUAAAAAAAUACUAUUUUAUAAAUGUUGCGAUACUUUGCGUAAAGACAACUUUAUACGUUGAUAGCACUCGUUUUUUAUCUGUAUAAAUAUAUUUGUUACAAUAAAGUAUAUAAAUAACA